CUUCCCACAAUACUUAUUACACCUCUCACCAAAACAAUAACAUAGGUGACGUAAUAACGACCCCCUCAACAGCCAUGCUCACGGCAAUAACAAAUUCAACCCUAAACGACGACGUCUUCCGCGAAGAUCCCACAACCCUCUCCUUCGAAUCGCACAUAUCCCAACUAUGCGGCCACGAAGAUGGGGCCUUUGUAAUAAGCGGGACAAUGGCCAACCAAUUAGCUCUCCGCACACUACUCGCUCAACCUCCUUUCGCCGUCCUGGCAGAUACCCGCGCGCAUAUCCUCCAUUUCGAGGGUGGAAGCGUGAGCAUGAGCGGAGCCGCGGUACAACACGUUCGCCCUUCGAAUGGGCUAUACAUGCGAUUGGAAGAUAUUAUCCGCAAAGCCGUGAUCACGGAGGACGUGCACAAGUGUCCGACGCGCGUGAUUAGUAUUGAGAAUACCGCCGGUGGGAGUAUCGUGCCGCUGGAGGAAAUGAGGCGGAUUAGCGAGUGGGCGCGUGGGCAUGAUAUCAAACUGCAUCUCGACGGUGCGAGACUGUGGGAGGCUGUGGCGGGUGGGGCGGGGAGUUUGGAGGAUUAUUGUACUUUGUGUGAUUUGGUGUGUUUGGAUUUUAGUAAGAAUCUUGGUGCGCCGAUGGGUGCUAUGGUUGUUGGAUCAAGGGCCCUGAUUGCGCAGUUGAGGAGGGUGAGGAAGAGUAUUGGCGGUGCGAUGAGGCAGUGUGGGCCUUUGGCUGCUGCUGCGAGGGUUGCGGUGUCGGAGCAGUUUGGGACUGGGCCUUGGGGCAGUCGUGAUACGUUGCGCCGGGUACAUGAGGUGGCUAUGCGUGUUGGGGAGAUGUGGGUUCGAUGUGGGGGGAGGUUAUUACGAGCAGUAGAGACGAACCAGGUUUGGGUUGAUCUGAGAUAUGCUGGCAUUGAAACUCCAUGGUGGAAUGAGGUCGGGAGAAAACACGGAGUCAAGCUUGAUGGCAAACGAAUCGUGCUUCACCAUCAGAUCAGUGAAGAUGCCGUUGCAAGAUUAGGAGAGGUGUUCUCAAAAGUCCUCAGCGUCAAGUCUCAUCUAUAA